GAACGCCCAGGGUGGGUUUCAGCCAGAGCAAAGGAACUGCCUGGUCAUCAGCUUCAGACACACCGAAGCAAAGCAAAUGCACACACCCACAUGUUCAUAUAAACCAGAAGUACCCAGUGUUUUGUUAGAGCUCUGAGUCUGUGUCCCAGCCUGAACAGUUAGAAGGUGUGUUUUCAUGCAACAUAUCAGCAGAAGCCAGUAUUCUACGAGAAGGACACUGAUGAAGGAUGUGUGUUCCAGGAUGGCCGAUCACACUUGUGCUGAUUCGCCUCUUUGGCUCAGCUACCUUGUCUCCUGUCAUUCCUACACCUGCUCCACCUCUUUCAUCCCAAAUUUCCCCUCCCUCUCUGUUACCAACAAACAACUCGUAUCGACGUUCCUCUUCUCUCAGUACCCCAUCCCUGUCUCCCUCUUUCACAAGCAGCCCUGGGGAAUAUACAGAAAAAGCCGAGUGUGAUCUGAAGAUAUCACCCCCCACUGUUGUGGUCAGGUUUGGUGAUCCAGUCCGAGCGAACUGCUCAAAAACAAAUGGGUUCUCACUGCUUGGCUGGAAGGACUCACUGGAGGAAACAACAAAUUUCAGUGAUCAUCUGACCUGGAGUGUGGACAGCAUAACUGAAUGGGCCAUUAAACCUGUAUGCUAUGCAGUCUUCGAAGGGGCAGGGGGGUGCAACAAAAACCUCUCCUUAAUAGUAUACCAGCCUCCACAAAAGGUCUCCAUCAGAUAUGUGAAUCAUUCUGGGCCGCUGUUUGAGGGACAUCGGUACAUUCUGCAGUGCAGCGUUCAGGAUGUUGCACCCAUUGAAAAAGCCAUUGUGACCUUCUACAGAGGGCAGACCACACUGGCUCAACUCCAGUCCAACACCACCACAGAGAAAACACCAGUUAAUGAAAGCUUCAAUCUGAGCAUCAUGCCCUGGAAACAGCAUAACAGAACUCAGUACUGGUGUGAAGUUAAGCUAGAACUGGGACCUGAAGGACCAAAACAUCCUCCAGUGGUGAAGUCACAAAACCUCCUGGCACUUGUUCUCUCGAGUCCCCAGGUCACUCAUCCUACAGAACAGCAGGCAAACCCGAGUGUCAAAUGUGAGGUGGAAAGAAACCCAGAACCAUUAGGCGGCAGUGGGGCUACGAACAACUACACAGGAUUUUUCUUGUUGGCUGCCCUUCUUGCUCAGAUGAUUGACUGACUUUAUAACCUUUCCCUGCUGUUGGAUAAUCACAUGCAAUAAGAAAUGGAUGGAUUCAUGUUUAUUUAUAUGCCUUGCCAACUUCUUUUUCAAAUACUCCAAAAAGCAGCACAAGUUUCACUAAAAGCUGAUGUCUGGCAAAAAGCUGCUACUUAGGUACAUAGUCUGACUACAUUAAACGUGUCUUUCUGCUCUGGAAACUCCAGCUUUUAGCACCGAGAACGGCUCUGAAGGAAACUUACAUUUUAUCCUUUACAUAUUAAUAUGUUCAACAGUCAUUUUUCUGUGACAGCAGCAUGUUUCCUCUUAGAAGUCUGAACAUUUGUGUCAUUCAUCUUUGUGUGUACAUACAGUAGGUUCAAUCACUGGUUUGGCAUAUGGGGGAAAAAAACAAAACACUAACAUAACCUUAUUACAAUUAGGUUGAAAGGGAACACAUUUGUACACGAUACUUUGUCAAAGUCCAAUAAUAAUUUUAACUAUAAGAAAAAAACAGAAAAAAAAGUGCUGAAAGUGGCAAUGUUUAUAGAAA